UGUAUAGACACUAGCAAGCCAUUUUUGUCGGCUCUCUUUGGCGGCUCCAACAGCUCAUCCAGCAGCGCGAGACGUUCUGGCCGUCUCAUACUGCCGCCGCACGCAUAACAAGCGUACAGAAACGCCCCGCUUCCGGCUAGGCCCCGAAAGGCCCCACCGCCGUGCGCAGCGCCGCGCGUUCCGCCAGCGCCGCAGCGUCAAUCCGCCGCCCGCAAGCGGCCCAGGGCUUCGCCAAAGCCGCCCUUGCGCCGCCGACACGCCGACGCCGCCGCGGCGCGCCCGCCGCCCACGCUCGACGCUCGACGCCGCGGUGCCCGACAAAGAAAGAUGCCCGUCCCACGAAAUUACUCGGACAACUACCUCUCCGGCAUGGACCCGGACCCGAAGCGAAAUGUGGCGGUGGAGUGCUUCCAGAUCGAUACCACAAGGUUCGCGGCGACCUACGUCAUGCUCAUUCUGAUCGUCUACGGCGCGAUCCACGGCUCGGGCUACACGUCCGAGCAGUCCCUGUCGGCGACGAACGUGGCACACGCGCUCGUGACCUUCGUCUUCUUCCACUGGGCCAAGGGCUCGCCGGACACGCACGCGCAGGGCGAUUACGAUGAUUUGACGGUCUGGGAGCAGCUCGACGGCGGCGCGUCGUGGUCCGCCACCAAAAAAGUCUUCCUCAUCGUGCCGACGCUCGUCCUGCUGGCUUAUUUAAAUGCGGCGGACUUUUCGCGACAAGCACUGACCAUACAUGUCCCCAUCUACGCGCUCCUCUGCAUCCUGCCCAAACUGCCGGGCAUGCAUCGGGUGCGGAUCCUGGGCAUCAACCGGACCGUGGGCUUCGAGUCCUUCGACGACGAGACCAAGAAGGGGUCGUGAGGUUGCUUCCUUUCUCCUCCUCCUACAUACAUGUAACUAGUGGUUCUUAU